AUGUACCAGAGGAUGCUCCGGUGCGGCGCCGAGCUGGGCUCGCCCGGGGGCGGCGGCGGCGGCGCAGGGGGGCGCCUGGCCCUGCUCUGGAUAGUCCCGCUCACCCUCAGCGGCCUCCUAGGAGUGGCAUGGGGGGCGUCCAGUUUGGGAGCGCACCACAUCCACCAUUUCCAUGGCAGCAGCAAGCAUCAUUCAGUGCCUAUUGCAAUCUACAGGUCACCGGCAUCCUUGCGAGGCGGACACGCUGGGACGACAUAUAUCUUUAGCAAAGGUGGUGGACAAAUCACGUAUAAGUGGCCUCCUAAUGACCGGCCAAGUACACGAGCAGACAGACUGGCCAUAGGGUUUAGCACUGUGCAAAAAGAAGCUGUAUUGGUACGAGUGGACAGUUCUUCUGGCCUGGGUGACUACCUAGAGCUGCAUAUACACCAAGGAAAAAUUGGAGUUAAAUUUAAUGUUGGAACAGAUGACAUCGCCAUUGAGGAGUCCAAUGCAAUCAUUAACGAUGGGAAAUACCAUGUAGUCCGUUUUACGAGGAGUGGCGGCAAUGCCACGUUACAGGUGGACAGCUGGCCGGUGAUCGAGCGGUACCCUGCAGGAAACAAUGAUAACGAGCGCCUGGCGAUUGCUAGACAGCGAAUUCCAUAUCGACUUGGUCGAGUAGUUGAUGAAUGGCUACUCGACAAAGGGCGUCAGCUCACAAUCUUCAAUAGCCAAGCAACCAUAAUAAUUGGCGGGAAAGAGCAGGGCCAGCCCUUCCAGGGCCAGCUCUCUGGGCUUUACUACAAUGGCUUGAAAGUUCUGAAUAUGGCAGCCGAAAAUGAUGCCAACAUCGCCAUAGUGGGAAAUGUGAGACUUGUUGGUGAAGUGCCUUCCUCAAUGACAACUGAGUCGACAGCCACUGCCAUGCAGUCAGAGAUGUCCACAUCAAUUAUGGAGACUACCACAACCCUAGCUACUAGCACAGCCAGAAGAGGAAAGCCCCCUACGAAAGAACCCAUUAGCCAGUCAGUAGCUUCUGGAUCAUUUAGGAAAAAUGCCAGCAGAAAUCAAAAGCCUUCAUAUUGCCCUUCAGGUGUGCGUACGUGCUUUCCCCACAGGUUUAGUAGACUUCGUAGUUUACACUCCAUUCCAGGUGACUCUGAGGCUAACCCAACCCGAGCAGGCGGGAGAGAGCCAUACCCAGGCUCAGCGGAAGUGAUUCGGGAGUCCAGCAGCACCACGGGCAUGGUGGUGGGGAUAGUCGCUGCUGCUGCCCUCUGCAUCCUCAUCCUCCUCUAUGCCAUGUACAAGUACAGAAACCGGGAUGAAGGCUCAUACCAUGUGGACGAGAGUCGAAACUACAUCAGUAACUCAGCACAGUCCAAUGGGGCUGUCGUAAAGGAGAAACAACCCAGCAGUGCGAAAAGCGCCAACAAAAAUAAGAAAAACAAGGAUAAAGAGUAUUACGUCUGAUCCCAAGAUCUUAAAAAGACCCUUGUAUAGAAAUAGUCUUCAUUUUAUCUGAGACAUAAUAUAAACUUAUUUACUUUCCUUUUUACGAAGCACAUACAAAAGAAGACAGGGAAUGCAAUCAGGAAGGAAAGACUGUUUUUAAAAAAUAAAAACAAGUAUCUCAUGCUCUUGUUUCUCCAAAAAAGAAAGAAAAAAACAAAACAGGGGCCAAUAAAUUCCCUAACAUCCACAGUGUUUUCAUUUACUCUGCCUGUCUUUAUGUUGCUGGAACAUUCCUAAAAGACAGCGAUGACCGCACGCAUUCAUAAAGCAAAGGAGUAUUACAACAUCAAGGCACAACACAAAAACAACACAACACACACCACAAAAAAAAAAAAAAAAAAAA